GGUUCAUUAGAGCAGGUGUUCAGAAUCAAAAGCUUCUUGUACCAGGUGGAUCGCGACCAAAGAUAUCAAUCUUAAUUGACACUAAUAGGCAGUCAAUGUUAAGAUUACAAUUCAUAGACUGAUCAUAGACUGUAAAUAUCAUUGUAAUACUGGGAACCUGUGUUAAAUGCCAAAUGUUAUAAUUCUACUUGUAUGUGAUACCAAAACAUUUAGUUACUACCAUAGACAGUAAAUAUUAAUCUUACUACCCAGCUGACUAUCCACAUCCGAAAUAUCGCGAGAUGAGACGAGACAUCGUGUGCAUCAGUAGCUUCUGCUACGGACCCCGGUGUGAACCUGCAGAGUGACACCUCACCUGACAGUGAAGGGACCAGGAUACACUGAGUGACACUAAAAGUAAAUUAAGCUGGGCUUUCUUAACUGAACAUCUGGAUUGCAGACAGCAGAGGAAGCGCUUGUAAACUGAAACAGUUGUUGUUAUCAGCGGUACACGUACUUUCACUAUCAGUGGGGAUGCCACGAACUAGCAGAUGAAGUUAGCUAGCUACCGGUGAUGGCUCUUGUUUUGAAGAUAUUUUGUUUGCCGUUACGUUGUAGCUAGUUUAGUGUAAGUUAAUUUACAAUUCACAAAUUUCCCAUUAGUGUCGUGACCCUAGCACUGGUUAUCGUGCUGCCUUCGCGUCUCAUUCUUUAACUCCUCCAGCUAGUUAGCAAACGAGCUAAGGUUAGCAACUCUCGUAAAUUGCGUGCACUUAAGUUUUUUGCAGAUUCUGAGGCCAAGUCUGUGUAAAUUACGGACAUGUUUAGCUGAUUUGGGUUAUGUUUAGUUGUGUUAAAUGUCCUACCUUUUAACAUAGACAGGAAACUCAAAGGUUAUCAGUGGUUAAUGAAAAUAGCUUCUACCAAAUGUCGAAAAAACUACAUUUGCUAUUUAUCCUGCAGGCGUUUGCACAAGAAUAACUUUAUUUCCCAACCAGUAAGCGAAGUAAAUUAUCAUUUGUAGUCACUUAAGGCUUCUAGUUAAUCCUCAAUAAGCAUGGCUCCUAAGAAAAGACCAGUGCCCCUAAACAUUGCUCCAACUGGGGGCGGAUUCUCUUCCUCCAUCAACACUGAAGUUGCAUCUGAGGCCAAUUUAGAAGCACUUAAAAAGAUAUUGCAAGAGCUGGACCUGGAUGAACAACAGAAGAAAAGGUUAGAGGCUUUCCUUACCCAGAAGGCCAAGGUGGGCGAAUUGAGAGAUGACGACUUCCAACGUAUUUGUGAGCUUGGUGCCGGCAAUGGAGGAGUCGUCAAUAAGGAAUGCCACAAACCCUCUGGAAUAAUAAUGGCCCGAAAGCUCAUUCAUCUUGAAAUCAAACCUGCCAUUAGAAACCAAAUCAUCCGUGAGCUUCAGGUUCUGCAUGAGUGUAACUCUCCCUACAUUGUGGGCUUCUAUGGAGCGUUUUACAACGAUGGAGAGAUCAGCAUCUGCAUGGAGAACAUGGAUGGAGGAUCUCUGGACCAGGUGCUCAAAGAAGCUAAGAGGAUCCCUGAAGAGAUUCUGGGCAAAGUCAGCAUUGCUGUUUUGAGAGGCCUUGCCUACCUGAGAGAAAAACACCAAAUCAUGCAUAGAGAUGUGAAGCCUUCAAACAUGCUGGUGAACUCACGUGGGGAGAUCAAGUUGUGUGAUUUUGGUGUUAGCGGGCAGCUCAUAGACUCUAUGGCCAAUUCCUUUGUUGGGACAAGAUCGUACAUGUCGCCUGAGAGAUUGCAGGGGACCAACUAUUCAGUGCAGUCAGAUGUGUGGAGUAUGGGACUGUCCCUUGUAGAGCUGUCCAUCGGACGCUUCCCCAUCCCUCCUCCAGAUGCUAAAGAACUGGAGGCCAUAUUUGGUCGUUCCAUUCUGGAUGGUAGUAAGGGGGAUAUGUUGAGCACUUCACCAAGACCAAGAGCACCUGGUAGACCUGUCAGUGGUCAUGGUCCUGUAAUGGCCAUCUUUGAACUACUAGACUACAUUGUAAAUGAGCCUCCUCCAAAACUACCACAUGGAGUCUUCACAUCUGAUUUCCAUGACUUUGUGACAAAGUGUCUCAUCAAAAAUCCUGCAGACAGGGCAGACUUGAAAAUGUUGAUGAACCACACAUUCAUCAAGCGCUCUGAGGUGGAGGAGGUAGACUUUGCUGGCUGGCUGUGUAAAACUAUGGGACUGAACCAACCUAGUCCCACACGCACUUCAGACUAAUUACACACAUCUGAACAAACUAUGAGUGUGUAAACAAUCUUGAGAUUCUGUGACACAAAACCUUGAACCCACAUACACACUUUGUUUGCAAUAACCCUCCCUCAGGUGAGCCUGGUGAUUCUCUAUCUGUCGAAUGAACUCUGAUCACUUUUUUGGAAAGGUACUGUACACUUUUGUGUCUUUUUUCAUUGGUUAUUACUGAUUGUGUUAAGUUCAGGAUUUUUUCAGCCAUUCAAUAUGUUAUAGAUAAUGAAAACCUAUAGCUAUUAGAUUGAAAUUGUGUGUCAAUUUAGUUCAGUCUAAUUUUGUCCUUGUUAUUACAACCAUACCAUGUGAUGUUAAAUGUGUUUUGCUGACAGAUAUUAGGAUUUUCUUUAGUUUACAGUGGCUGCCUAAACUAUUGACAACUGGGAGAAAAAAAGGAAAAGUAACAUGCACAAUAUAGCUGCGUAAUUCUUCUGCUUCUCAGUUUUCUCCUGGGAAUGUCUCAGAUGUGUUGUCAGGCUUACAACACCCAGUUCUUACUAUCACGGUUUAGCAUCUGUAAAUGUGAGCAGGCAGAUUAAGUUUGACACUGUGCAAACAGGAUCAAAAAUGUUAGAAUAUGUUUAUUUUAUUAAGCAGGUUGGCUAUAUGUGUCCUUGUAAGCAUGACUGAGUUCAAUGUCUGUCUUUGCAUUUGUUACUAUUUAAGAUGUCUUGAGGUGAACCACAAUGUUAAAAAACAUUUAGGCAUGACCCUCAUUUCAAAGCCAAAAAUAAAAACGUUUCAACCUUA